UGCGGCACUUUGUGAAACUUCUGUUGUUUUUUUUUUAAAUGUGCAAAAUAAUCCAAGUGGAUUGUAUUGUAAAAAGCCAAAUAAUAGUUUCUUAGCUUUGAAGAAUAAAGUGUUGUGUGUGUGUGCAGUCAAGCUGAGUCCUGCUGACCCUCCACCCCACUGAUCCAUCAACACCAUGCAAGGAUUUUACUCCAAACUGGACUCCUCCCCCCUGCUGGGCGAGGGCGCCCCCGUGGCUCUCAACCUGGCGGUGGAGACGGAGCGAGCGCAAGCCCUCCUGCAGACCUUCAGCUCCGCCUCCCUGCUGGCGUCCGCGGGCCUGGGCGCCUUCUGCGUGGUGGCCGACCACGCCCUCCAGCUGCCGCUGGUGCAGCACCACCUGUGGCCGCGCGCCCUCCUGGACAACGCCACGCACGCGCUGGUGGGCCUGUGGUCCUGGGCCGUGGUCAUCGGGCUGAGGAAGAAGAGCGACGUCUACGAGAUGCUGCUGGCCGGCCUCCUGGCCUCCGUCAUCGACCUGGACCACUUCUACAUGGCCGGCUCGCUGUCACUCAAGGCCGCCGUGUCCCUCCCUCAGCGUCCUCCCCUCCACUGCUCCUCCCUCAUCCCCGCCCUCUGCCUCUCCCUGCGCCUCCUCAUGUGGCUGGGACGCCUGAAGGACGCCUGGUGCUCCCUGCCCUGGAUGCUCUUCAUCGCCAUGGCCACGCACCACGUCCGGGACGCCGUGCGCCACGGCCUGUGGGUGUGGCCUCUGGGCAACACGGCGCCGCUCCCCUACUGGCUCUACGUCAGCACCACGGCGACGCUCCCUCACCUGUGCUCGGUGCUCAUGUACCUGACGGGCACCAGGGACGUCAUCUCCACCAAGCACGGAGUCGCCAUCGACGUUUAACCUCCGCCCCCCCCGCGGGCGAGACACUCUGUCCGUGUGGAGGAAAGACGGGGAAAACUUUUAUUUUUUCCAACCUAAAACUUCACUCUUCAACAAUAUUUAUUCAGGAGGGCGCUUCUAAAAACACUUUUUUGCUUCUUUUAGACUAUUGUGUACUUUUGGAAGGUGCUUGUGUUUGACUAUUUAAUAGCAACAAUGUGCGACGGAAUAAAUACACCGAAAUUGUUGAGUUACUAUUUAAAUUCUGUUAUUUAUUGUCUUACUGCUGCAAUGUGCAAGAAUGCAAUUAAAUUGAAGAUGAACUUUUGAUCUAAAGCACUUUUUCUGCAGGUGAGCUACUUUUUAAAUGACCAAGUGGAGGGGAUCUACCUCAUUCAUAUAUAUAUCAUUUAUAUUUCAUUAUUUAUGAAAGAGAGGUUUUUGUUAACAAGUGAAAGGUGUUUAAUGAUAAUACAAUCAUGUUUAACAUUCCUUUCUUUCAUGAAGACAAGAAUAUAAGUUGAUUGUGAUGACUUGCAUUGAUUGGAAUCAGACAGUAGUGAUGAUAACGUCCACAUUUUCAAAUGGAGGAGAAAAAAAGUCCUCCUUUUUGUCCAAUACCACAAGAAAGUGCUUGCUUUGUGCCAUCUUAUUUGUCCAUAUACUCCUUUCUGAGACUCUUAUUUUGUUAGUGCAGGCAGGAUGGAGCGGCGCUUUUAUUGUGAAGACAAGGAACUCUUUAAGAGUUUUGACGUCGAAAUAAAAAAGUGUUUCUCGC